ACUGACCACAAAUAUGUUAUCACAUUCACACGAUAAGAUUUUAAUAUGUUUUAAAUUGUGUCCAUAAUUAAGGAUAUAUUAACAUUUAGGAUAUAAGGACAGGAAAAUAUUUUGACCAGCAGUAUUUUCAUCACAGACGCUACUAAAACUACAAUGAUGUUCCUGUUAGCUGUCCUGUUCAUAGUCGGAAGAGGUUUAGCUUUGCCAACUAAUCCAGGUCUAGAUUUAGAAAUACCUUCAGUUGAGCUUGUCGCGCCAUUGGGAUACAAUGAUGAUGUUUUGCAUACCAAUUUACCCAUAGUAGUAGAUGAUGAAUUAAAGAGUCAUGAAAAGGAAGAGAAUGAACAUAAAGAAGGAACUGUUAUUCCAGAAGCGCCUGUAUUGCCGCCUCUUGAGCUCGCAAUUGUAGAGAAUUCCGAGAAAUCUAAGGAAGUAGAAGGUUAUAAAGAAGAAUCCGAACAUCGUGAAGACGGACCCGAAGAGCCCAAAGAUGAGCUUGAAGGGAAUAAAGAGGAAUCCGAACAUCGUGACGACGGAGCUGAAGAGCCCAAAGAGGAGCUUGAAGGGAAUAAAGAAGAAUCCGAACAUCGUGAAGACGAAGCUGAAGAACCCAAAGAGGAGCUUGAAGUGAAUAAAGAGGGUGAAAAUCACGAGGAGGAGAAUAGGGAAGAUGAAAAAUCUACCGAUUCUAAACCAGAAACUUCAAAAGAACCUACAAUCCAGAUUUGGUCUUUACUCCCAUCACUUCCCUUCUCUUUUCCAUCAUUACCGAUCUCUUUCCCUAACAUCCACUUUCCAUACUUUUCAACGAUAUUUUCCCGACCCAAAGCUAGUGAGAGUGACAUUAGUAGAUACCGUGAGUUAUAUAUUCCUGUGGCAUGGGAAUGAAAUAAGUUGUUAUAAAUAUAACAGAGGAUAUUUAUACUUUACGCAGUUCUUUGAUAAUAUUUUGUUACAGUAUUUAGAAUUAACGAUGUCUAAUAAAAAAUAAAACAAUAUAUAUUUAUACUCAAACUAAGCAAACCCUGUACUAUGGAUACUAUACACAGCUGUCUUAUAUUUAAAAUUAUAGUAGGUAGUUAUUAGUUAACACAAUAUUAAGUCAGUUAGUUAUUUUUAUGUAUUUCUUAGCAAGACGUUUUUAUUUAUGUAGAUGUAUGUGUAUGGAAGAGCGUCGUGGCCUAAUAGUUUACUACCCAAAAUUAGACCCAAGACAUUGUGACAAUAAAUCUGGCUGAUACUGGGUCUCCAAUGAAUUCGAGAGAUGGCCUUACGCUCGCCCCAUCCAUUUGUAUUCAA